AUUGGCGAUAUACCAAGCCUAGACGCAUCUUCGUUGGCGAUCGCGGGCAGUCAUGGAGUGCCAGCUGUCAGGCGAGCAGAUCCGCGGGUUGUGCAGAGCAGUUCAGUGCCUGGCCAAGGUGGCUCACAGCGAUUACAUCACCUUCCUGGCAGCUCCCGUGGAGCUGUCGCUGCGAGGCAUCAACACGGCCAAGACGGCCUACCUGGUGGUCAACUUCGCCACUGACUACUUCGACAACUUCAAGCUCUCAGAAUCCACCUGCUCCUGCUCCGCGCUCGUCAAGUCAGUGCUGGCAGUGUUCCGCACGUCACCAGCAGCCAUGCAGAGCCUCACCAUCGCAGCGGACGGCAAGGAGCCCAACACCAUCCGCUGGAUAAUCGACUGCCAAAACGGCAUGCGCAAGACGUACACCAUCGCGUGUGUGAACGACAGAGAGGUUCUCUCGGCGUCCAUCGACCCGUCCACGUACCCCUCGUCCCUCGUCGCGCGCCCCAAGCCUCUGCUGCAGCUGCUCAACCACUUCCAACCGACCCUGUCUGAGAUCACCAUCAUUGCUGCCGACCCUGAUGACGUGACAGCCUCGGGAACAGGCACGGGAGGAGGUGCGAUGGGGAGGGGAGGAGGGAGCGAGGCGAAGGCGGUGGAGAUGAGGAGCUACGUGGAGCCCACGCAUGCUGCCUCCAGUGCAGACGGCCGCCCCCAGGCAUCCCCCGAGGCAGCGAUGCACACGCAGCUGUGGGUGGACCCUGGGGAGCACUUCGAGGCGUACUGCCACUCGGGAGAUGCGGUGGAUGUCACGUUCAGCGUGCGAGAAGUGAAAGCCUUUGUGCAGUUUUGCGAGUCGGCAGCUGCAGACGUAGUCAUGCUCUUCCAUCGAGCAGGAGCGCCUCUCAUGCUCAUGCCAAGGUUCCCCAAUCCACACGCCACCCCCGCCCGCAACCCCCGCCACGCGCACCCACCGCUCGCAUCGGACUUUGACGCGCGCCUCGUCAUCGCCACUAUGCUCGAGUCCCAGCUCCCCACCCCUCCGCCCUCCGACCCUUCCGUUCACCGAGCCUCUGCCCAACCUGGCACUCCUCCUGCUGACCAAACCGCAGCCGCUCCCCAAGCCUCUGCCGAAGCUGGCUCUCCUGUUCACAAGGGCUCUGCUUCCCAAGCCUCUGCCGAAGCUGCCACACCCACAGUUGCAGUGUCGGGCUCCGAGCGCUCCUAUCCUUUGGGUUCGGGGACGGUUCCCCACCAUGCCUGUCCAGUAGGCUCGGGUAGCAGGGCAGGUCCGAGAGGAAGAGGGUUGGGUGAAGGAAUGAGGGGAGAUGAAGGAGCUCAUGGUGCCAGGAGCCAGGAAGGUGCAGAGAACGUUCCAUAUAAGGAUCCAGAUGCAGGAGCGAGGCUGGAGGCAGGCUGGGGACAUGGAAAACGAUGGUCCGACAUCUCAGUGCAAGGGGCCAAGGGCACACCACACAAGGCUGGAGCAGACGCCGCCGGCCCAAUUGGAGGCGAGGGGAGCGGGGAUGGGAGGCGAGGCAGCAACGUGUGGCCAAGGAAGCAGCAAGCAGAGCAAGACCUCCAGCAGCAAGACCAGUGUCAGCAGCAGCAAGAUCAGCACCACCAGCAGCCAGCCAAUCAGCUCCCAGACAGCGAGGAUGCCACCGAGGAGCUUCCCAUUGGUCAAAUGGCAGCAGCCGCUCGAGGUGGCUGUGCUGCUGGUGCUGCUGGGGCUGCUGGGAGAGGCAGUGCCUGUGGGAGUGCAGCGGGUAGUGCUGGUGGGAAUGUCAUGGCUGCUGGUGGUGCUGCUGUUGGUGCAGCUGGUGCUACUGCUGAUGCAUCUGCUGGUAGAUUUAUGCCCACUGAGACAUCCAUUCCUCGUAGGCAUGCACCGGGUGAAGGGCAAGAAACCACUCGUGCACCAUCAGCACAUAUCCAGCGAGAUCCUGAUCGCUGGAUUGACAACACAGAGGAUGACGAGAUGGACAACGAAACAAGGGAGCGCAUUGGAUGGCCUUUGGGUGAGGACCAGUGCGAGGGAAUUGGUGAUGAAGAUGAGUUCGUGGAUGCCACCCCACCGGAGAGGAGGAUGUACGACGAUGAUGAUGAAACGAUGGACUGAUUCAAAAUACGCAGCUUGAAACAUGCAACUUGGUUUUUUAGCGUCAAAUAUGCUUUGUAUGCAAGCAGGACAACUGGUGUUCUCCAAACCCAAUAAUGACGUGAGGCUGUC